AUGCCCGGUAUUUUCGAAAAAACCAAGGCCAAAGAGGCAAAGACCUCCCAGUCUUUGGUUGGUCGCCAAAAUGCCUCCAAGCCCCACGGUCUCGCCGGUAUGCUCAAGAACCCCUAUGUGGCCUUGACUUGUGUUUUCGUGUCUCUCGGUUGUAUGAUGUACGGAUACGACCAAGGCGUUAUGGGUCCCAUUCUGGUUAUGGAGAACUUCAUGAACCACUUCCCCGGUCUCAUGAGCUCCAACAUUCAGGGAUGGCUCGUUUCUGCCCUUGAACUGGGUGCUUGGGCUGGUGCUCUCUUCAACGGUUACUUGUCCGACGCUAUCUCCCGUAAGUACAGUAUGAUGUUUGCUGUGCUCGUCUUCACCCUUGGAACUGGUCUUCAAUCCGGCGCUCAGUCACCUGCAUACUUCUUCGCCGGUCGUAUCAUCGGUGGUUUCGGUAUUGGUAUGUUUUCUAUGGUCAUUCCAUUGUACCAGGCCGAGAUCGCCCCUCCCGAACUCCGUGGUUCUUUGGUCUCUCUGCAGCAGCUUUCUAUCACCAUCGGUACCACCAUUGCUUUCUGGCUUGACUUUGGUUUCUCCUACAUUGGCAGCACCCACUGCAAUCCUGAGGGUAUUGCCGACCCAUAUGACUCCAAGGGAAACUACAACUACGACCAGAACAGCGGCCAUACUUGCACCGGUCAGAAGACUGUCUCCUGGCGUGUGCCGUUGGCCUUGCAGUUGAUCCCUGCUUGGGUUUUGUUCUUCGGAUUGUUCUUCUUCCCCUUCUCUCCUCGUUGGUUGAUGUUGAAGCACCGCGAGGAUGAAGCCCGUUCCGCCCUCAGCAGACUCCGCCGCCUCGACCCUCAGGACCCUCUUCUCACUGCCGAGUUCUUGGAAAUCAAGGCUGCCGUCAUGUUCGAUGAACAGACCGAAGCUGAGUUGGUUGGCAGCGGUGGUAUCCUUGCCCCCUGGAAGGCUCUCUUCGCUCCCAACAUGAUCAAGCGUGUCUUCUUGGGAAGUGGUAUGAUGGUUUUCCAGCAGUUCACUGGCAUUAACGCCGUGUUGUACUAUGCUCCUCAGAUCUUCAAGAGUUUCGGUUUCUCUUCCACCACUACUGAUCUCCUCGCUACCGGUGUCACUGGUAUCUUGCAGAUCAUCUUCACUCUUCCUUCUGUGUUCUUCUUGGAUAAGUUCGGUCGUAAGACUUUCUUGAUCAUCGGUGCCAUUGGUAUGUUCAUUUGUCACGUCAUCGUCGCCUCCGUUGAAGGUGUCUACAAGCCCCAAUGGGACAAGAACGAGCAUCUUGCCGUCACUCAGGGUUGGGUUGCCAUUGUAUUUAUCUGGCUUUUCGCCGUCAACUUCGCCUACUCCUGGGGUCCCGUCGCAUGGGUCCUUGCUCAGGAAAUCUUCCCCGCCAGUAUGCGUUCUCGCGGUGUUGCCAUCGUCGCUUCCACCAACUGGAUGUUCAACUUCAUCAUCGGUCUUACCACCAAGGACAUGCUUGACUCCAUGCAAUACGGUACUUAUAUCUUCUUCGCUAUCUUCUCUCUCGGCGGUGGCUUCUUCAUCUGGCAGUUCUUCCCAGAGACCAAGGACAAGACCCUCGAGGAACUCGAUGUCUUCUUCGGUGGUGACAUGGGCAGCAUUGCCAACAAGGACCGUGAGCGUAUGCAACGCAUCUACGAGGAAUUGGGAUUGGCUUAUGCUACUGAAGUCGCUGACCUCAAGGUCAAUGAGAAGGAAGCUCUUGCCGCCCAUGAGGAGUAA